AUGGCCGCCGUUCCAGUUGAUCAGCUGACCCCUGAGCAGAAGGGUGAGUUGCUGUGCACCUACGCUGCCCUCAUUCUCCACGAUGAUGGUGCCGAGAUCACUGCUGACUCCCUGAACACUCUGAUCAAGGCUGCUGGAUGCUCUUGCGAGGCCUACUUCCCGGCCCUCUUCGCCAAGAUGGCCUCCAACCAGGUACUCUUUAGAUGUUUUGAAUCGCUUUAGAUGUAGAAAAAGCUGUGCUCGGGAAAGACUUCGAUUUCGAAUAAGCGUGACGUUGCUCAGAUUGAUUGGACAAAUAGGCCUAAUCUUGCUAAGUAUGUAGAAGCGAAGUUUUCUAAAUUUGUUCUGCUUCAUGCAUACCAUCGCAUUUUAGGUUUAAGAAUGAAUACAACUACAUCUCCAGUGGCGCGAUUGUAUCUCUGUCUUCUUUUAGAAUUUGGAGAAUUUCAAUUGUUUGUGAAAAAAUCUAAAUAUUUCGAAAUUACAGGACAUCGGUGCCAUUCUCAAGGCCGGUGGCGGCGGUGGUGGCGGCGGCGGCGGUGGUGCCGCUGCUGGCGGAGCUGCUGCUGGCGGUGAUGCCGGCGGUGCCGCUGAGGAGAAGAAGGAAGAGAAGGUUGAGGAAGAGGAGGAUGACAUGGAAUUCGAUCUCUUCGAUUAAAUUCUUUCGCUCAGCCCAGACGUGGUAUAACAACCUUCGCGAAAACGAAUCAGCUCAGGGCGCGUUGAUGAAGACAACAACAGCUGCUGCAAGAGCACGUGAGGCGUUGGCAGUAAGUUACGGAAGGAAUAGUUCGAAAUGACCAUGGGAAGUUGAUGUUCUUCGUCUCGUUGUUCUACUUGAAUUAUGAUUGUCCACGACGUAUUGCAAAGUCCGUGUUUUUCAACGGGUUGUUGCCCACUUCUAUCAACCAUCCGGAGCAACAAGCGAACCCGUGUACACAAGAGUUUCAUGCUGGAGAUGUGUAACGGCCCAGAAGAGCAAAAACCUCGAGAAGCCUGCUUUGCAUGCAGGCUCAGAGUGAGAUCUAGAAUUCGUGUUCUGUCGACGUCGAUGAAUCCAAGAGUGGGCCGUGCCUCUGUACUGUAGCCAGUUCUAUGCGCACGUUAACU